AACCAACGUCGCGUGCUACGCUCGUCCGGGCUGAUAUGUGGCACGAGCAUUCACGAUUGAGAUAGAGCACCGAUGCUUGGUCAUACUCGGCUAGAGGGAGGGAGAGACUCCGAGCUAUAAACAUCGGACAGCGACAUGAAUCGUAUUUGCAACCUAGGCGCAAGGCCGGCAUGACAACUAAUUGCGCUAAACUUUGGAAGCGCGGUGCCUGAAAAUCACAGUCGCCCCGUAGAGUAUGUACGACCAGAAGAGGACCGCAUGUAGCUCGCAUACACCGUCGCAGCGCAAGGGCCAAAGAGUGAUGCCUCAUUCGUCCCAUGAGGGUCGCCCGCACUCGGACGACAUCAUUCCAAGUCGGAAAGUUUUGGGGGAUGCCAGCUGGGGCAACCCCCACAUUAUGGGAAGGACCGCUUCUGUGCCUGAACGACCUUUCACCCCUUUCGGCGCCAACAGCAGCUAGCUACUUGGCAGCUUUUAUGCCGCCGCUGCGGCCAAGCGUAAGCUGUGCGACGUCCGGCGAAUCGGAGCCUCGGCGCUGCUUCUGGAGUACUGGGCCAGACUCCGCGCAGUGAGUUUGGAACACCUUGAGGAUGGACAGCACUUCGCUGGAGCGGUGAGCAGCAGCAGUGCCGAGCGCAAGUAGUCCGAUUUUCGCCCUCAGAAACCAUGGCGACAGCAACGCGGAUCAAGAGCUGGCCCGCGACUGCACGCAGCCCGACGCGG